AUGGCACCUAUCUACAUCAUCUGCAGACUCACCGGAAUCUUCCCUUUAUCCGCGCGCCGAUCCAAAGGCAACAUAAUCGUAACGUUAAGAAGAAACGAUUACUUUUACAUCGUUUCCUACUUCUUGAUCUACGUUUCUCUCUCAAUUUACGCCACGUACAACGUGUUUGUAGAUGAGGAGAAUUACGUUAUUGUUCCUAAAGUGUUGGUGCUGUCUGAGACGUUGAUUGUGAUCAUUUUGAUGCUCACAACGAUGUUUUUCUGCUUCUUCUUCAGGCGGCUUUUGCUCGACUGCGCUCGCUUAAUAACCGACGUAGAUUGCACGCUGCAGCGCUUAAAAGUUUGGAUCAACUAUAGAGCUGCGAUGUGGAGCAACUUGAAGGUGUUCGGGAUAAUGAUCGUUUCGGUUUUCGCGAGAAGCAUCGUCAUGGGUUCGACUCUUCGCGUGGAUGUCGUGCAACAGUUCACGCUGUUCCUGGCGACGUUCAUCAAAUCGCUGAGCAAAUACGAGUUCAUAGCGAUGUUGCUUCCAUUGAGCGUCAGAUUCAACAAGAUCAACGACGAGAUUGUUGCGUAUCGGGUGAGGAGGAGAGAUCCGAGUCUUCCCGGUGAUCUUUACACGCUCUGCAGGACGCACUUUAAACUUUGCAACAUCUCGAGAAGACUCAACAUUUGCUUCGCCUUUCAACUGCUCUCCUCUUUAGCCGUUUCCCUCACGGACAUCCUCUUCCAAGGGUUUUACCUCUACGUCAUCAUGACGAAGAAGCAGAGACUCGCAACGCCCGCGAUGAUGGCCUCACCCGUCGUCUGGUUGAUAGACGAAUGCAUGGAAAUCUAUCUUUUAGUCAACGCCUGCUCGACGACUUGUCAAGCCGUACGUUAUGUAAUCUUUUGAAACAUCAAACACUCACCAAAAUACGUUUUUCUAAGAGAUAAUCGUGUGAGAAGUGAACUGCUGCUGCAAUGCACCAUUAAUUCUUGUAAAUUAAUUUCGCAGUCGCAUUAAUCCAUCUCAAUUUAUCGCCAGGGCUUAAUUAAUUUGAAAACCUUUCUAUUUUCUUCAUUCUUUUUGCAGGCGAACGCAUCUGGAAUGGUUCUGCACGAGCUCCGAAAUUCGCUGCAAGAGCACGACAUUGAUCAAUACAUCCAGAUGUUCUCAUUGCAAAUGCUCCAUCAGAAACUCGAGUUUUCCGCGCUCGGAUUCUUCACCAUCGAUUACUCCU